AUGGGACAAGUGCAUGUUACCAAUCCACGAUACGUUUUAGUCGUGUCUGGAGGUUGCUGUUCGCGAAAAAAAAAAUCAUUUUAUAUUGGUGGAUGGGCUUGCGUGUGCGCUUGUGUGACAAACGUUCAAAAAAUUUCACUUGAGCUGAUGACUUUACUUCCUUAUUGCGAAGAUGUAGAAACUUCUUUAGGUGUUCCUCUUACUGUUAGUGCCACGGCUCAGUGUAAAGUAAUAAAAGACAAAGAACUUCUUAAAAUCGCUUGCGAACAAUUUCUAGGGUACGAUAUUGAAGAAAUAGAAUUUGCCAUUCGUAGUACACUCGAAGGUCAUUUGCGGUCAAUUUUAGGAACAUUGACCGUAGAAGAAGUAUAUCGCGAUCGAGAUAAAUUUGCAUCUCUUGUGAGAGAUGUUGCGUCUCCAGAUGUUGGAAGAAUGGGAAUUGAAAUUAUUUCGUUCACGAUAAGAGAUAUAAGUGAUAAAGUUGGAUACUUAUCUGCAUUGGGAAAAGCUCAAACGGCCAUUGUAAAAAGAGAUGCAAAUAUUGGCGUGGCAGAAGCAAAUAGAGAUGCGGGAAUUAAAGAAGCAGAAGCAGAAAGAGAAGCAAAGAAUUUUAAAUAUAUGACAGAUUCCAAAAUAGGAAAAAAUGAAAAUAUGUAUAAUUUGCAAGUAUCAGAAUUUGAAAAAGAAAUUCAAACUGCACAAGCUGGAGUUGCUUUAGCCUACGAACUUCAAACAAAUAUUUUACAACAGAAAAUAAAAGAAGCUGAAGUAAAAGUAACAAUCGUAGAAAGAAAGAAAUUAAUUGAAGUUGAAAAAAAUGAAGUUAUACGUAAAGAAUUAGAAUUAACGAGUUUAAUAAGGUUACCCGCGGAAGCAGAAGCCUUCGAGCUGGAAACAAUUUCGGAGGGAAAAAAAAUUGAAAAAAUAGCAGAAGCCAGCGCUUCGGCGGAAAAAAUAAAAUUGUUAGGUAACGCCGAGGCUUUUAAAGUUAGUAAAAUUGGUGGAGCCGAAGCUAAUGGAAUGUUAAAAAAGGCUAAAGUUUUUACUAAUUACAAUGCAGCUGCUAAACUAGCUCUUAUAACAAAUAGUUUACCAUUAAUUGCAUCAACAAUUUCCGCACCCCUCUCGAAAAUAGAUGAAAUUCUUUAUUUGGGACGAACAAAUGAAUUUCUAGACAAUGUAAAUGCUCUAUUUGGAAAAAUCCCACCUUCUUUGAGAACCAUUGCCGGAAUUGAUGUCAUAAAUGUCUUGCAAUCAAGACUUAAUGCUAUAAGGAGGUUCAAAACGACCUGA